GAGAGAAGGAGUCAGGGGCAGGAGUCCGCGGCUACUUCUGUCCAGAGGCCGAGCCCUGUAACGCGAAUCCGGGCUAGCACAGUCAAAGUCUCUCCGGGACCCUGAGCGGGACUACGGCCGCGGGCUCGGAGCGAGCGAGUGGGCGUGCGCGUGCGGGGUAGCCAAACUUCCUGUCCCGCGCUCGAGCCGCUUCCGGCGGGAGCCGGAAGACGCUGUGUGGUCGGAAUCCGGGACUGGCUGACGGACGGCCGGCUGGCGGGGACGGGAAGGCUGAAUUGAUGUUCCGCCUAGCACAGCAUCUAACUGCAGGAGCAUAGCAUUUUCUAAAGAAAUAUGAGCAUAACAGGAAGGUGUCAUUGACUCUGAAUUAAAUUUGAACCUGCCCCCUGAAUAGCUACAGGAUUUGGAAGCUGAAUCAAUGUUAUCAGAUGAGUUAGAAUCCAAACCAGAGCUCCUGGUACAGUUUGUUCAGAAUACCUCUAUCCCAUUGGGACAGGGACUAGUGGAAUCAGAAACUAAAGACAUUACUUGCUUGUCCCUCCUUCCGGUGACUGAGGCCUCAGAAUGCAGCCGGCUAAUGUUACCAGAUGAUACUCCAAAUCAUACCAACUCUUCCAAGGAGGUCGCUUCCUCGGCUGUGUUGAGAAGCCUUCAGGUGAAUGUGGGCCCAGACGGAGAGGAGACGAGGGCUCAGACUGUACAGAAGUCCCCGGAGUUUUUGCCAACUCCAGAGUCUCCUAGUUUGUUACAAGAUCUACAGCCAAGUGAUAGCACUUCUUUUAUUCUUCUUAACCUAACAAGAGCAGGUCUGGGCUCUUCAGCUGAGCACUUAGUAUUUGUACAAGAUGCGGCAGAGGAUUCAGGGAAUGACUUCCUCUCCAGUGAGAGCACAGACAGUAGCAUUCCAUGGUUCCUCCGGGUUCAGGAGUUGGCCCACGACAGUUUGAUUGCUGCUACUCGUGCACAGCUGGCAAAGAAUGCAAAAACCAGCAGCAAUGGGGAAAAUGUCCACCUUGGUUCUGGUGAUGGACAACCCAAAGACUCUGGGCCCCUUCCUCAAGUGGAGAAGAAGCUCAAAUGUACAGUUGAAGGCUGUGACCGGACAUUUGUGUGGCCAGCUCACUUCAAGUACCACCUCAAAACUCAUCGAAACGACCGCUCCUUCAUCUGCCCUGCAGAAGGUUGUGGAAAAAGUUUCUAUGUGCUGCAGAGGCUGAAGGUGCACAUGAGGACCCACAAUGGGGAGAAGCCCUUUAUGUGCCCUGAGUCCAGCUGUGGCAAGCAGUUCACUACAGCUGGAAACCUGAAGAACCACCUACGGAUCCACACAGGAGAGAAGCCAUUCCUUUGUGAAGCCCAAGGGUGUGGCCGCUCCUUUGCUGAGUAUUCUAGCCUCCGAAAACAUCUGGUGGUUCACUCAGGAGAGAAACCUCAUCAGUGCCAAGUCUGUGGGAAGACCUUCUCUCAGAGUGGGAGCAGGAAUGUGCACAUGAAAAAGCAUCACUUACAGAUGGGAGCAGCUGGGAGUCAAGAACAGGAGCAGACUGCUGAGCCACUAAUGGGCAGUAGUUUGCUUGAAGAGGCUUCAGUACCCAGUAAAAACCUGGUGUCUGUGAAUUCCCAGCCCAGCCUUGGUGGAGAGUCCUUGAAUCUACCAAAUACCAGUUCUAUUCUGGGAGUUGAUGAGGUGCUUGCUGAAGGAUCCCCACGCCCCCUGUCUUCAGUGCCUGAUGUGACACAUCACUUGGUGACCAUGCAGUCAGGGAGGCAAUCAUACGAGGUUUCUGUCUUAGCUGCAGUAAAUCCACAGGAGUUACUAAACCAAGGAGAUUUAACUGAAAGACAGACAUGAGUGUGGGUGCUGACUCCUGGAAGAGCAGCUCUGUCUGGUCCUAGAGCGCAGACAGUGGGAAAAGGAUGCUUAAGGCUCACAAUCCGUCAGAACCAAAAUGAACCUGUGAAGGACAAGACCCCACUUUUGCCUCUGUUCAUCCUCCCUGGGAUACAAGUGAAUGUAGGAGAGCUUCUCUUCAAGCUGCCAUCUGAUCCAGAGAAGGAACAAAGCAGUGAAUAUGGGCUGAGUAACUGUACCUACCCCUUGUCCCACUGCAAAAUUUUGGGAUGGACUUCUCCCAGAAGUGAAUUUGGUUGUGUGUUGGCUGAAGUUUCCCUGACUGUUGAGGGCAGGUUUUCCUUUGAAGAGUUUUCAUCCCAGACUCAGCUGUCUUUUCACAUGGAUGAACUGAGUCCUGCUACCAACCAUAAAACUUUACCAGGAAAUUGAGCUUUCAAGAUGCCUUGUUGCUUUGGAGAAGGGAGUAAAUGUCAGUUCUGUUGUGACAUUCUCCCUUUAGCAACCUGAGUAUGAGACUCUGCCACUGGGCUGCAAAAAAAUAAAUUACUUGAAUUCUCCCUUGGCCCAGGCUGAGGUUACUGUCUUGUCCUAUGUACCUUGACUUGGUCACUUUGCUUUCUUUGUUUAUGGAACAUACAAUAAGUAGCAUGUUAAGAGGGUUCUUUGUUUUAAUUUAAAAAUCACAUGAUUAAGAGCUUCAAUUGUUUUCCCUUUAAAUAAACAAAACAGCCUAGUCAGUUCUUCGGCUCCUUGUUUUGGACAAAAUUUCUUUUCUUGAAAAGGAGAUUAAGAAAAUUGCUCAGUCUUUUCCUUUUUAGGUAGGGCACUGAUUUACCCUUAGGAUUCCAUGCUGCUGGUAAAAGUGAGCUCAGGGGUCUUGGGAAACAGGCUGAGUAUCUCCAUCUCUGACUAGCAGACCCUGAUGAUAGUAAUCGGAGUAUCUCUCAGUCACCACCAGAAAAAGACUGUCUGAGUCUGUGGACAAAUGGCAAUAACGAAAGACAGUUUUCUAAAACACAAAAAAGGCUCUACUGUUAGAGUAGCCAGUGUUGCUAUCAUACUGUCUCUAAAGCUACUAAAAGUGAAUAUCUAAUUAUUUCUGGUAAGAAGAAAAGAAUUCCAGAGAUCACCUACUAGUAGAAAAUCAUGGCUGUCGGAGAAGUUUUAAAUUGAUUUAAAAUGAACUUCAUCCCAGACACACACAUGUACACACACAAAGCAACACCUUCUAAACGGAUAACAGGAAAGAAUUAACUGGUUUUAAAUAAAGUCAUUGUAGUUCUUAACUCAUUAAUAUCAUGCAUACUCAUCCUUUGCUGUGUAGCUUGAAUUCACAGGAAUUAGUUGUAUUCUUAACAUGCCAGUUUUUGCUUCCUGAAGCCUUACUUUCCUGCUUGAGUAGUGGUUCUCACCCACAGACAAUUUUGCCUCCCAGAGACAUUUGGGAGUGUCUGGAAAGAUUUUUUUAGUUGUCAAAACUUAGGGGGCUGGGAAGGUAGCAGUGUGCUACUGGUGUUUAGUGGGUAGAGGCCAGGGAUGCUACUAAACGUCCUAAAUUGCACAGGACAACGACACCCAACAAAGAAUUACUCAGUCCAAAAUGUCAAUGGUGCUGAGGUUGAGAAAUUCUAUACUGGAGUUGCAAUCUUGUUGUCCCCCCGUGGGCUAAAUCCAGUCUACAAAUGUGUUUUUUGUCUACACAAUAUUUCUAAAUUUUUUAAUUAGUUGCCAGCCUGUAAAUUUCUGACUUCUGUUGAAAACGUGGUCGAUCUGGCAAUACUGGGCCUGUAGUUCAACAGGGUUUAUACUCUCCAGUCUCUACUGUCUCCCACUAUCUUAACACCCAGCCCACCUGAUUGAUUUAUGUUUUCUGUCUAGGCUCUCGAAGUGUGAGGCACAAAGAAGGAACCCUUAACUCUGGGCUAUGAUCCUUCCACCUUCAACUUCCUUUUGAUUUCCUCAAACCACUCUCUAAGAGUAGCCAUGACUCAAAAACCCAAGUUUUGCUGCCUUGACUCAACCCCACGUUAGCUUGCUUAAUAUUAUUCAAAAGAGGUUAUUUAAAUAUACUAAUUAAGCAAGUGAUUUGAAAUUAUCUGGCGAUUCAAAAGACAGUUCCUCCAGUUUUUUCUUGAGGCUUGUAGGCUGUUCUAGAGGUUCUUCUAAGUCAUGCUGCGGAUCCUUGAUGCUGAGUUUUGUAAUUUCGUGGAUGCUGCAGAAUAAAUUAAAGCAUUAUGAAAUAAAAAAUUUUAAAUCAAAGGAAAUAUUUUUAUGUAAGGUUUCAAAUGACAUUUUCAUUAUUUUACAUGGGGUGUAAAGGUAAAUUUACAGGGGGCAUACUGGGAUGGAAGUUAGGAGGGGUCGUUAAGAUUUAAGAAACAAACCAAAUUUUGAGAGUCAUGGAGAUACUUUGCUUUUCUCUGACUUACAUAGUAUCAAAAUGGGUUAUGGAAGAGGUGGUAUUUCGAGUUACUUUUAAGGAGCGCUAGGAAAAGUUUUAAUCAUUUUACAGGAAGUCAAAAUAUGCAUGGCUUUUCUUCAGAAGUGAAGCAAAAAUACUUCCGACACAUGGCAUUGGGACUGGAAAAUGUUUCAAAUUAAAAGGACCUAAGAUAUAAGAUGGUUAUAUUUUAUUCACAACAACUUUUCUCCAUGUUCAAGUGUUUUGCUUGGAGAUCUCUGGAUUAGUAUAUAAAUUAGGGUAAUAAAAUAUGGCUGUUCUAUGGCUUUCUCCCAGUGGCAUUACCAAGCAUGGCAAUUUAGCUGCAGAAUGAUAGCAGCAUCUCUUCACCUGGGGGAAUCAUUGACUUCUGACUCCUUCCAUUGGACAGCCCAGGUGCUUUGACCCUGAUUCCUCACAAAGUCUUCAUCCAGCCCAGCCUGCUUCAGGGCGUCUCGAUACCGUUGUUCUGCUUCUUUCCUGGCAAGGUCCUGUGGAAUGGGAAUUAAUCUUCUGUAGCUGUUUAAUGAAUUACCAGAUUAUUCUAAAUUAUUUGCUUUAUCAGUAUUCCAACAAUACUGCUCCUCUUCCGCCACCCUCCCCAGCCCUCCAGUGCAACCAUGACUGCUGGGCACAGGUUUGCAUGAGAAUUACUUAGCCUGUUUUCAAACCUUAAUGUGCAUAUGAAGUAUCUACUUUCAUUUGGUAGGUCUCAGAGGGGAAGGGCAGUUAGUGCAUUGCUCACACUCUCCCUGGAGAUGCCAACCACUGGUCCACGAACCACACUUGCAGAAGCAAGGAUUUCAAUUUUGGGGAGACAGUGAGACCCAGAUGAAAAAGAAUAAACUUAAAAAUAAGAUUAAAAUUUAUUAAGAUGUAAAAGCAACCAAACCAUCAUCAAGAACACUGAAAUACAACAAAUAGAAAAUAAGCUGCACUAGUAAUACUCUGGAGGCCUGGUGGUGCAGUGGUUAAGAGCUACACCUGCUGACCAAAAAGGUCAGCAGUUCGAAUCCACCAGGUGAUCCUUGGAAAUUUUAUGGGGCAGUUCUACUCUGUCCCGUAGGGUCGCUAUGAGUGGAAUCGACUCAAUGGCAGUGGGUUAGUAACAGUCAAGAAGCCCUGGGGGGCAGUGGUUAAUGGCUCGGCUGCUACACUCUUAACGGAAGGAUAGACAGUCUGUUUGUGGACUAGAAAAAGUGGUAUUUUUAUUUUUUAAUUCAAGUGAUCAAGAACAAAAUCAGAGACAGUACUUGGUAUUCUUCCUGGAGUGGUGAAGGAUCUGAGAGUGAGCUUUCUUCAAACAAAUUAACAUAAAGAGUAAAGUUAGUAUGAGAGAUUUCUAAUAAUACAAAUCGCUAAGUAAAUCCAAGACAGUCGUGUGUGUGUGUGUGUGCGCGCAUGCGCGCGUGCACAUAUACACAUGCACAGAGUGGAGUGGACCCAGAAAAUCCCUAGCUAAGGCACUGGCUGUAAGAUGGGAUACAUGGCUAGCUAAUGCCCACCAGGAAACACUGGUGGUGUAGUGGGUAAGUGCUAUGGCUGCGAACCAAAGGGUCUGCAGUUUGAAUCCGCCAGGUGCUCCUUGAAAACUCUAUGCAGCAGUUCUGCUCUGUCCUGUAGGGUUGCUGUGUGUUGGAAUCGACUGCACUGAGUACUGGUUUAUUGCCCAGCAACUGGAACCAGGUCACUUGGGGACCCCAACUUUUGUCUGAAGCUUGGGAGCGGGGAGAGAGAUAGUCUGUUACAGCCCAAAGCUGCCUAGAUGGUGGCCUUUCUAUGCUGUUCAAGUAGCUCUUUGGGAGGUCUCAAUUAAGUUCAACUUCCCUAAAAGUUUAGAGACCAUCUUAAAAUUAUUCCUCCUGUCUGAAAAUCACUUAAUCUGGAAAGGGUUUUGUGGGAUGCCUUUUACCCUUAAGACCUAUAAAUGUACCCCAGGAGGCCCAGGGGCACCAGCACUGCUGGAGGAGAGUUGCCUUCCCAGCACUAUAAACUAUGGCUCCAGAAUCAGGCUGCAUCUUAGUCGUUAGUAAGUUAAAGAUAAUGUUAAGAACACAGUGUAUCUUUGGGAUCCAGCUCCCCGUCUGAUUCAAACUGAAAGCUGGAGUAUAGGGAAAACUCUAGGAUGUUAGCUAUCCCAUUAUAGAUGCCUCUGAGAUCCAGGCUUGGAUGAAAUCAGUCUAAGCAAUGUUCCCUGUUGCGCUACUCAUUUCAGGGAAAGUAGGAAUAAAACAGGCCCAAUUUAGAUUCUCUGGGUCUGAAGGAAAUGUUCAAUACCCAGAUAUUAAAACUGUUACAUAACUUCUAAGAGUCCUUUCAUCCAAGAAGGAAAGAAAAUGAAUGAUGGUUUAGUUUUACCUUGGUAACUUGUUCGAAGAGAUAGGGCCUUGUUUGUAUUCUCUUCUUUAUUUCCUCCAGUUCUUUCUUAUACUCUUUUGCUCUCUUACGGUCAUUAUUCCUGGAAUUAAUAAGAUUUCCAGAAAGAAUUAUGUCAUUUUCCAAUCCAGAGUACGCUUCAUUCUACUUAAGCAGAAUAACUCCCAUAAAAAAAAAAAAAAAACUCCCAUGUACACUGUAAAUUCCUAACUUUCUGGUCAGGAGCCUACCCUAAUGACUGUUUUGCUGUUUUCAAGGCCAAUGAGCUACUGGAUCCCAGACAGGCACCCCCUUUGACACAUGGAGGUCACUGACCGGUUCUCUUUCAGCUUCGCUUUGAACACCUCCUCCAGGCUUUUAUGGGGAUCCAAGGCUUUUGCACGCAAGGUCACGGAUUUAGACAUUGCUUGGCACUUCUUUUUAUGCAUUUCCAACCACUGAGUACUCUCAUCUGCUUUGUCCCUUUUUUCAAGUGAACUUCUAAAGAGGAAAAAAAGUAAUACAGAUAUCAACUUGGGUAAAUAUAUUUAAAACCAAUCUUAGUAACCUCCGUGGAAAGUAAGUUGGUGGUUUCUAUGAAUGGGGUAGAUAAUUUACCAUAGUUGGCAUUUUCAGAAAGAGUGAGAUUCUGGAAUUUGGUGCACUGGCAGACAAAGCCUUCCUAGCACCCUGGACAGAAGAAGUUGGUUCACUGAACUGAAAAACAUGUGAGUUAAAAUAUCCUUACUUAAAUAGCCAGACACACAAUAGGUCUUUGCCAGACUGCUAGCCUAUCAGGACACAAAGUAAUACUAAUAGCAUUUGUUGAGCUACCUAACCUGAACCAACCACAUAAAAAAAAAAAAAAAAAACCA